GGCGCGGCCCAUGCAAGGGCCGAGGCGGCGGCGGCGGCGGCCCGGGGGCUUUAACCAGGAGAGAUCUGCGGGCAGCUCCACCAUGUCGGAUAGCGACCUCGGGGAGGACGACAGCGCCACAUCCCCGGACCCCUCGCAGUCCAACAAGAGGAAGAGAAGGGGCAAUCUCCCCAAGGAGUCCGUGAAGAUCCUCCGGGACUGGCUGUACGAGCACCGCUUCAAUGCCUACCCCUCCGAGCAGGAGAAGCUCAGUCUCUCGGGGCAGACCAGCCUCUCUGUGCUGCAGAUCUGCAACUGGUUCAUCAAUGCCAGGAGGCGGCUGCUCCCCGACAUGCUGCGCAAGGAUGGGAAGGACCCCAACCAGUUCACCAUCUCCCGCCGAGGGGGCAAAGCUGGUGACGUGGCCCUGCCGCGGGGGGCUGCUGCCGGCUCCGGGGUGCUGGUGGUACCUCCCGUGACGGCUGCGGGGGCCUCCAAGGUGCUGUCGAUGUCCGUGUGCCCGCAGGUACUGUGCCACCCCGCCCAGGCGCUGGGCAGCAACCUGACGGUGGUGAGCGCCCACAGCCCCGACUGGGAGAAGCCCCCUGGCCUGCAGCGAGCGGAGCCGGACCCUGCCCCCAAAGCGCCGCUGGGUGCCACUGGCAGCACCAUGACCUUGCUGGCCCGGGCCGAGGCGGCCAGCCCCACCAGCGGACUCUUCAACACGCCGCCCCCCACACCCCCCGAGCUCUUCGGCGACGACUUCAGCAGCUUCCAGCUGCUGGUGGAGGUGGCGCUGCAGAAGGCGGCCGAGCUGGAGUCGCAGCGGCAGGGCGGGCAGCUGCCCCUCUCGCCCCAGACUGAGCCCCCGGGAGCCUCCGUCUCCAAAUAACCCCCUGGGCCGGGUCCCGCAGGGUGCCCUUCCUUGGGGGGUGCCUGACCCUCCCGGCCUCGUGCCGCCCGUCUGCCUGCACCCCCCGACCAGCUCAUCUCAGAAGCGGACUCCUGCCUUCUGGGGGGCUCUGGUCUCUGUCAGCCAAGGGGGGAGAGGAAGGACUGUCCCAUCCUGCCAUCCUCUCGCUGGGGAGAUGCCCCCCGCCUGCUGCCCUUGCCGCCGAGGAUGGUGCCCCGGGUAUGCGGGAGGAUGCGGCCGCUGCAAUCUGGCCGUUGUGAAAAGACCUUUGCAGCUUUACUGACCUCUCCCUGCCGCGACUGACGGUUACUGUGGAGCUCCCCUUGGAAAACCUGCUGACUUCUUUUUCUCUCGCCUGUAAACAAGGGUCCAGCCAACACCGUUUCUUCAGGGAGAGAAAGAGAGAAUUUAUUUUUUUUUUUUUAAAGUUGGUGUCUGUUUUAAGGACUAUGGAUGAAAAGCGUU